CCAGGACGGCCAACUCGGGAUCCAGAGCAGCCAGCCCAGAGCCCAGAGGGGCCAGAAUCUCAGAAUUCAGAGCGGCCGACCCAGAAUCCGGAGCGUUCAGCCCAGAGGGCAGAGUGGGCUCCUCCGGGCUUUGACACCCCGUCUGGCGACCUUCCCCGUUGGGAAAUGGGGAUCCCAGGGAACUGGCAACAGAUUGGAAGCAGCUCACUGAGAGGCGCAGAGGAGGCCAAGGGCGGCCUGGCCGGACUGGUCACCCCACCGCUGGACGAGCAGGACGUGGACUCCGGCGUGGGCUUCUCCCGGGAAAGGCCCGGGAACUCUGGAGCCACGGACCAUCUUCCCGAGAAGCUACUUCUAUCCGGAGAAAGUGGAGGAGAGGCCGGGCCGGGAGAGCUCCGAAAGCCAACUCCGGAUGACAUCAGCACCGGCAGAGAAGAGUCCGGGACACCGGGGAGAAGGAAGAGACACGGGGCGGCCCAGCCCGGCGUCCGGAGGAGCAGCCCCCGAGGAGCUUCGGGGGACCCGGGCCCCGGCAGAGCGGAGUUCGUUGUCGGCCGUCGGAAGGAGGAGAGGAGAGCUGGGAAGAAGCGGAGUGCGGCCCCCAAGAGAGCGGAGGCGGCGGCGAAGGCGGGGGUCCAGAAGGGAGAGGGGGCAGCCAGAGGGCCCGAGACCCCUGAUGCCCCAAGUCGGGGCGACGUGGACGACCCCCAACUCCACCAUCCCCCUGCCCACGAGCCCCAGGGGCCCGCGGUGGCGAGGCCGAGCCCGGGGCCCGAAGAAGGCCCACGCGGCAGCACGGCAGAGGCGCUCCCCGGGGACCGGCGGCAGCAGGACAAGACUUCUCGGGACAGGAUCCGAGCAGAAAAAGCGGAGAAGAGGCGGCUGGAGGUGGAGAGGAAACGAAGGGAGCAGGAGGAACGGAAGCGGCAGCAGCAGGAGCAGCUGGAACGGAUGGAGCGGAUAAAAGAGGAAUUUGAGCGCGAGCAACAGAGGAGAGCUGAGGACAACCGCUUCCAGAGGCAGAGGCUGGAGGAGGAGCAGCGGCGACAGGAGGCUGAAGCGGCCCAGAGGGAGCAGCAGGAGCGGGCAGCCCGGGAGCGGGCACUGCGCCAGCACCAACAAUUCCUCCUGAAGCUGAAGGAAGCGCAGAGGAAGCGGCAGCAGGAGGAGGAGACCAGGGCAGAGGCCGAGCGGCGGAGGCAAGCGGAGUGGGCCGCUCUCCUGGCCGAGGAGCAGCUCCGGCUGAGGGAGAUGGCCCAGGAGGAGCGGCUGGAAUACGAGAAGAGGAAACGGGAGGAGGGGGAGAAGGCCCGGCUGGAGGCCCAGGAGAGGAGGAGGAAGGAAGAGGAGGAGGCCAGGCGGGCUCUGGAGGAAGCCGAGGUGGAAGCCCAGCAGCUGGCCCGGCGGAGGGAGGCUCUGGAGAAGCACACGCGCUUCCAGCGGGAUUUGGUGACGGAGGCCCGGGGCCUGGAGCGGGCCCAGGACAUCUCCCGGCCCUGGGUUUACUCCUACUUCCAGCUCCUGCAGAUGCUCAGCCUGGAGGAGGCAGCGGAAAAGCGCUAA